GAGACCUUCUCAUUGCCAUGUCACAGAUCAUGUUUGCCACACAAAUUACUUAUGAGCAAAGAUUCAUUAAAAAACAUUCCAUUCACCCCCAUGCGUUUUCUGGGGGUUGAAGGAAUAUAUGGCUUAAUUUUCUCCUUAUUUUUUGUGGUUACUGUUUAACUUUUCGGACAUGGUACAGUACAGCAUUCUGCCCAAUGGAAAACUUGAGGAUAUAUAUGAUGCCUUUCACCAGUUAAGAAAUUCACCACAAUGUGCAGUCUCAUUUUUAGGCUCAAUCCUAUUCUACAAUCUCUACACAUAUUUGGGGAUGUUCCUGAUACGUGACCUUGGUGCUCUCUCCAGAAUUAUGACCGAGACAUUAAUAUGGGCACUGUAUUGGGUCAUAGCCGUUGCUGUUGGAUGGGAUAAAUUUUUCGUUUCUCAAAUUCCUGGCUUGGUUGUUAUUCCAUUGGGAGUACUAAUCUACAAUCAUAUUGUGCCGAUUCCGUUUGGCUCAUGUGGAGGUCGACCUAAUGAAGGGAAUGGGAAUGCUGGAGAAGGAAACCCAGAACAGAUAAUCAAUGGCAAUGCGCAAGCUGUAGACGACGAUGUACCAUUACUUAAUCCCGAAGAUCGCCAGGCUAUUGAAGAAGUGAGAAGAAGAGGUCCCCGUCAACAAAAUGCUGAUGUGGAAAUUCUCAAUGUUAAUUAAGUUUUGUAAUUAUUAAAUCAUCCUGAAUUUAUUUGUUAUAAAAUAUGUCAGGUAAAAAAACAUGCAACACUUAGAUUUAAACAAUCCUACUUUAUAACUUAGCCUUUGCAUUAUCUAAUUUUUUAAAUCAUUAAAUUUAAAGUGUUCGAAAUUAAAAUAAAAUUGUAUGUAAUUAAUCUUUUAAAAACAUUAAUACUAAAAACAAAGUUCCACUCUGUGAUGACUCAUUUUAUUACACUUUUAUAUUAUAUUUUACAUUAUGAUUCUCCACUAACACAUCUUUACAAAAUGUUUUAUUUGAUAUAGCUUAAAUUUUGAUAUAGCUUAAAUGUAUUGAUUUGAAUGUUCUACGUUGUGAAUGAUACUAAGAUAUUGAUUUGUUGUUGUUGUGUGUUUUUUUCUCCUGGUUUUUUUCAGUGAAAUUUGUUGCUUUAAGUGUAAUAAUAAUAAAAAUUAUAAAAUAUAACAUUUGUUUUCUUUCCCAAAAGUGUAUGUCGCUGCUUUAGUCAAUGGCAUUUUUAUUUUAAAAUUUGGUGCAAGAUUCUGUAAAAAAAAUGUAUAGACCUACUGUUUGGAAAAUAAACAUUUGAUACAAAGAA